UAUCGAUACAUGGCUUUGUUGUGCGUGCUUGCAUUGGAAUUUUUUUGUUUGGAUGUAAAGUAUGGUGAUUUGCGGCAAUAUUUUGGCCAAGAACAACUACGAGCAUUUUGUGCUGUCUUGUCUGCACCAAAAUGAGUGCUCCGUGGAAAUGGAAUUCAGACGGUGGCGGGAGUUCAUUAUGCAUGUCAAGGAGCACCAGAACACGAUAUCAGAAACGCAGGAAGAACUGGAUGCUUCCGGAUGCAUUUCUUCUGCCGAAAGCGAGACCGAGAUUAAGCCAGCAAAAGUGUUUAUAAUGGAGGAGCCCCGGGAAGACUGCCUUGCCGAGGAUAUGUAUGUGGAUCUGCCCGUAUCCUCACAGGACGAAAGCGCAAGCGGAGAGGAAGACGUGGCGGAUUACCCUUCCAUAGCAGUUGACUGCGAACUAGACACCGGCAAUUCAACAAAUUACGUUCCCCUUUCCAAGUUUAAUCCCACGUUUUACAGAAGAAGUCCACGAAUCACUCAGUUUAUCGAGCUCUACAAAAAUCAGACCUGCUUAUGGGAUCCUGCGGAUGAGUCGUACAAGAACAAGGAGAAGCGCACAGCAGCCUACGAAGAGAUGCUGAAGCAGUUGAAGGCCACCGCAAACCUCCACCUCACAUCCUACAAACUUAAGAAAUGCAUUGCCAGUCUGCACGCCCAGUAUGCUGCGAUUACGCGGCAGAAAAAAACCCAAAAGCUGACCAAAGUACCACUCUAUUAUCACAAGAAGUACGGCUUUCUCGCAGAUCGUGGAUGCCCCGAUGAAGCCGAUAGCGAUGAAGAUGACAGCGAUGGAAAGAUAAAGCUCGUGUUUACGGAGGAAAACCGACUGACCACUCUUUUCAUUGAGCUGUACUCCAAGUAUCCGCAUUUGUACGAUCCGACGCACAAAAACUUCUCCAAUCUAAGUGAACGCAAGUCAUCACUCAUUGAGAUGACCGAUUUACUAAGUGUGGAGAUUUCGCUGGGCUUAAUCAAUCACUAUGAUGUUUACGAUAGUAUUCAGAGCAUGCGCCAGUGGUACUCGCGCCGAAUAAAAACCCUAACGGAUGUGCAAUCAGUGGGCCUGUCGCUAGCCGAGAAACGGUACAUCGAGUGGUGUAGGAGUUUCAUGCCCACCAAGACAUUCCGCCAGAAGCUAAAGUGUGAAGUUUGUGAGCAAGCCUUCAGCACGGAUCACGCGCUACAGGCUCAUCAGUUUCGGGAUCACAAGAUGGGCGAAGGCGGCUGGUUCCGUUGUACGCUAUGCGAGCUGAACUUCGACAGAAGAUGCCACCUGCAGCAGCACAUCCAGCGUGUACAUAUGAGCAAGGCGUUCGCCUGCGACAUCUGCAACCGGAGCUUCGCCUUUGGCAACCAGCUUGCUAGCCACAAGCGCACCCACGACGAGAAGCACGUGGCCAAGCCGUUUGUCUGCGAGUUUUGCGGAAAGUCGUUCAAGCAGAAGAUACAAAUGACCACGCACGUGACGGCGGUGCACACAAAGAUCCGGGCCUUCAAGUGCGACAUGUGUCCCAAGGACUUUCUGACCAAGCGCGACCUGAAGGACCACGUAAAGGCGCACCUUAACAUCCGCGACAAGGUGUGCGAAGUCUGCCAAAAAGCCUUUACCAAUGCCAACGCGUUGGUCAAACACCGACACAUCCACAAGGAGAAGACGUUGCAGUGCUCCCUCUGCACCACGCGCUUCUCGGAGCGGGUGAGCUUGGGCGUUCACAUGCGACGCACCCACAAGAUCAUCAAGAGCACUCUGAAGGUGGCUGAGCAGACAAACGACGCCCUCUUUUCACACACAUUCCCCCUGCCCCAAGACAUUUCCAACAAGUGAAAAAUAUUUAUCCAUGUUAGGCAUUUAUAUUUAGAAAAUAAGGUUUACAUUUGGGUAUAAUUUUAAAAAUGCACCAUUUCUGAUAACUCGCCAAGGUAACUUUAAAGUGAUGUAUUUUAAAAAUAUCAAUCAGGCUUAAAAAUCUUUUACAUGUAAAAAAUAAUAUAAUAUUUUAGAUACAUUUUGACUUAAAACCUUAUGCUAAACCUAACAUUUCGGAUUUAAAAAAUUAAUUUUUUUAUUAUUUUUUUUCAUUUAAUAUUUCUAAACUUAAUUUAAAAAUGA